CAUACCGCCCGGGUUAAAUUCAUUAAAUCAGGCGAAUUGUGUUUAUGAGUUUGGUAGGAUAACGGACGUAGCAACAAUGUCAGAAGUUGCAAGCUCGGAGCAAAGUAGGGACGUUCAGUACGAAUUUGACGUGUUUCUUUGUCACUCUGGGAUAGAUGAAAAUAUUACGAGACAGAUACACAAGUCUCUGACAUCUCAAGGCUUGAAAUGUGCAGCUCAGUUUGACUCAACAACAUUUCCGACAGGGCGUCCUGUCUUGGCAAGCAUCGGUUGGUUGGUGCAGAAUUCAAGAAAGACUAUUGUUGUUUUGACAAGGAAUGCUUUGGAAAGUUCGUGGAUCAGCGUUGAGACGAUUCUUGCGCUGGAAAACUCUCAGGAAAGACGGGAGCAGGAUUUGACACUUCGUCUCCUUCUUAUCGACAUCGAUAAAAGAGACGUGCCAAUGCUCAAAUGCGGCCUUCUUGCCAGUAUUCCACACACAGCAACCAGUUUGAAGAGACAUAAUUGGGAUCGUGACGUGAUAAACAGCUUGCGGACAAGAAUUUCUGUGUCGAAGUUUCUGCCAGUGGGAAGUUUAGCACAUGCAAUGGUGUUUUCACACUUCACUGGUUUAAUGUUCUACAUGAUCAAACGCCUGAAAAGUGAAAUUGAGACAAAAUCUGCAAUAUAUAAAGAAAACAAAGGACUGUUUUCUCUGAAAUACAACAUGUUGCUGCCUUCAUCUUGUAAAACGCUCGGAAAUUUGAAAGGAGUAGACGAGGCAACGGGAAUUACAAUUGAAACGGGAGAGAUUUUGAAUUUUAAAGAAGAACACAUGGGAAAGACGAGAGAUUUCAAUAUUACGAUAUACAAGAUCUUCAAAGGAAAUGAGUAUUACUAUUUCUAUGCAGACAUGCCAAAUAGUUUGAACUGCAUUCAUCAACUGAAAUCCCUGCAGUUAGCAGAAGGAGUGGACCCCAGACUUCAGAUUGAAAGGUUUCGCUACACCUACGAGAAUCUGGUCAACCACGUUGGUUUUACGGUCCGUGAUCACAGCACCCUCAAGGUUUUGCCAUACGAUGACUGCGCAACUACGCACUUUCAAAUAUUAUUUGAUGCCGUCCGUGAACAGGUUAUGGAUCACAAAGACUCCGACUUGAAGGAAAAUAAGCAAAUGCAAGAAACCAGCCUAAAAGCAACAAGCAGCAGAGGUGAAAAGUCAGCUGAAAACGAGGACGUUCUUGUAUUGUGCACUGAUCAUCACGAUGAUAUAGAAAUCGCAAAUCAAAUUCGUGGAUACUUGGAGAGCCGAAACAUCAGAGUGGAAUUUCAGGCUGCUAAUAAGUCGAACUUGAUAAGCAAAACGUACAAUUGGUACGUGUUUGUGUUUUCCCAGGAUGCAUUACACGACGACCUUCUUACGUUCAAUUGCCUGUCUGCUCUAAACAGCAGCGUUUCUGACAACGUUGUUAAGGUGCUCCCUGUCUUGCAUAAUGUCGACGUGAACAAAGUGCCCAGUUUUAUUCGUUGGGUCACUGUUUUAACAACAUCUGACGACCGUGAAAAAUACUGCAACAACAUUUACCAAACCGUUACAGGUGGUGUAGUUCAAAUGGAGGAGCGGAUGCCGUGUGGUGAUGUGGCAACGGGGCUGUGCUGGGCCUACAUUAUCAACUACCUGAGACAUACACUCUACAACAAGGAUUUUAAAGGCAGAAUCCAGAGGUUUCUUGAAGAGAAAAACAUGAAUUGCGGCUUUUUGACGAAGAUGUACAUCUGGUGGCCAAGGUCGUGUAAAGCUGCUGACUCGGUCGUAGAUGGGGCAAACAUAGGUGCUGGGGAAGGCAGCCAGGCUCCGGUAAAAAAGAUUGAUAGUCUACCGGAAGUGAUUGUGGACCAGGGAGCCCAGCAGAAAAAGCCGUUCAUCUUGAACGUUUUUCAGUACACGCGGCCAGCGGACGGAAAGAUAUUUUGCUUCGUCAGUGAGUACUGCGCAGCAAUGGGAUGCUUGUACCAAAUGGCGAAGAAUUUCGCAUUUGCUGGAAUCUCUACGGAGGAAAUGUACCGACAGGGAAAGGUGUUUGUCGACAAGUUUGUGGAAAUAUCUUCCCGACAAGCUGUGAAGGACCAAUUUGGUGACUUCAAUGAGUGUGCCAAAGUUGUGUAUUACGAUGAUAGUAAAACCAACCUUCUGGCAGCUAUAGAGAAUGAAAUACGCCAAGCAGAAGUGGACGGUUCUGUACUCUACUGACACCACAGCUGAAGAAGACUGCCAGUGUAUAUUACUACGAAAAAAAUGUAACCGAUAAUAAAUGCACAUAUGACUUUAAAUACUCUGGAAACACGCUAAAAAGGAAAGUGUGCAGGUCCCGCAUUGCGACAUCUACUAGGGGUAGUUCAUGUACUGUGACACAAAUUUUAUAAAACAUGUAGCAGAAACCAUUUUACGAUAUAUUUAAUCUUUCAUAUUUACCAUUUUUUACAAUAAUGCGUUCAGGUACUUACAUACCUAAAGCAAAAACAAAUAAAAAUACAAACAAUGAACAUAAACAUUUUUAUCGAAGCAAUAGUUUAAAAUGCGAACAUUUAAAUUAACAUAAUACAGAAGUUAAUCAAUGCAAUAUUAUAUUAUUCGGGUAGAAUGCGUUACACUUAUGAUUUUUAUAAGGGAAUAUAUCUUAAAUAUUUUGCAAUUUGAUGGAGAUUAACUCCAUACUUGAUCGACUGUCAAUUUCUUCUAUCAUAUUAUAUAGAAUCAAGUUUUUUAAUCCGACCCUGGUAUUGUACAUGUAGAUUAGCUGCAGAUAACAGUAUGUUUAUUUAUGUUUUAUUGUUGACUUUAUCAUAUCCUUGCUAUUUUGGGAAAAGGACAAUCAAGAGAAUAUAUUAAGAACGAGUUCAUAAGUAUAUAUCAAGCUGGUUAUAGUAUGAUAUAUGAAGUUAAAUUAAAUUGACCUAAGCGCGUG